AUUUCUUAUUUUCUCAGAGCUCGUCAUUUUUUUUAUCUGUUUUUGUUUCUAUCUGUUUUGCAGCUCUUCUCUUGACAAACACGCCUGCUCAGCAACACAACACUAGAACACUGACGAUCGAAGGAACAAAGGUCGAAGCAGCAGCAGCGAAAAAAACGGAUACAGUGUGAUGGUGAAAUCCAACCCCGCCGCGCACCACACGCCAAUAGCAGCAACGCCUGCAGCCCACCGUGAUGGUGCAACAGCAGCUGCAGGGGCGUCGGCGUCGGCGUCGGCGUCGGCGUCGGUCGAGCAGCGAUUGCUGGCUGCCGCGCGAACAAUGAGCGCAGAGCACGUCGCCGCAGUGACUGCAGUGCCGACGGGCCCGUCGCUCGAUCGGCUUGCCAGGAUGGCCUGCUCGCACAAGAAGAUGAGCCGUGCGAUGCGCGACCGGCUGCGCAUGGCAAUGGAGGUCGCUGCAGCCAUUGGGAUUAAGAUUGGCGGGCGCAACAUCCCGCUCCAGCCAGCCAGCUCCAGCACCAGCGGCAGUACCAGUGCUAGCAAUAGCAAAUCAUCACGCACAACAGCAGCAGCAACAGCAGCAGCAGCAGCAGCAGGAACAGGCAGCUCGAGUACCAAGGGCUCAGGAGCGUCGUCCUCUGCUGCCGCAGCCGCCCGCCGUCCGUCCGGCCACAGCGAGGCUGUCGAGGUGUUUAGCAUGGCGCUGAUCUCGCAGAUGACUGUGCCGGAUGACAAGGUGCUCGAGGACACGAUUGUCGUCUCGGACAAGUGGCGCAACGAGUACAACAACCCCGUCCAAGUCCCGUCAACUUCAGUAUUUCCAGCGGUCGUCAUGGCGCCUGGCACGCUGCAUGACGCUUUGGAGGCAGCCGGUGCAACGAAAUCAAGGAAACGAUGGGUCGCUGCGGCAACAACUCGUCCAACCAGCUCGGGGCAUCCAUACAAGCGCCCUCCAAUGUAUAUCGAGUUUGAAAAUGCACUGCACAACCCGUAUGCCCUGUAUGAUCUCGACGAGACGGAUACGGCAUGGCUGGCACUGUUCAACAAGGAACGGCGGCGGGUAGAGUUCAAUUUCGACCGCGUCACGCGCAAUUCCGACGCACUACCACCACCUCCUCCUCCAGCAGCAGCAGCAGCGCAAGCGAACAAGUCAUCGACCACGAAUAAUCGAAAGCGCCGGCGAUCCAGCUCUGCGGAAGCCGAUGACGACGCGUCGCCAGAUCCACUUUUGGCGGCCGUGUCCUCGUUUGCUCACUCUGCCAAACUACGAGCCGCUGUCGCCGCGUCAAAUGGUGCGCUUGUGGCGUCCAACCCAAACUACGUGCUCAGCACGCAAACGCUCGAGCAAAUCAUCUCCAUGCUCGAAAUGCAAGCCCACGGCAAACACGACUGGUCUCGUGUGCCCAAAGCCUUCCAGCCCGAAUUUCUUGACGAAAACGGCGACGUGCUCGACGACCCCUACAACCUUUACGGCCAGAACGACGAGCCGGUGACGCACGACCUGCUGUUGCGAUCGGCCACGGGCGAUGUCACCUUCAACGACGACGCCAGCUCCACAGCCGACUCGGCGACAGCCAAAGAUCGCGAGUACCAGCGAGCGAUUUUGGCCAACAUCCGCGGCGCGGCUCGGGGCUACUCCCAGCAGCGAGCAUCGACACACAGCAACAGCAACAGCAACGCAACUGCUCGCCGACCUCCAAGCGCUUCGCCACGAAAAAAGACGUCUGCCGUCGCACCCGCGCCGACGACUCCCUCGCGUGCCACUACGCCUGGCAACGCAAACCGCGUUCGUGCUUUGGCCAGCGCUGUCGACGACGACUCGGCGCGGUACAUGCUCUCGCCUCAAACGCUCUUCCAGCUCCAGCGCAGCAGCAACAGCGCCGCCACUAGCAAGACCGCUGCACGCUCGAUCGCCAGCAGUAUUCGGAGCCAUCCCAUCCACAACGACGACAAUGAGCAGGACGAUGAUGAUGCUGGCAGCACCAGCAGCAGCAAUGUUUCCGAUCACAUUGAUGUCGUUGGUAGUGGCGCUGAAGACGACUUUGACGACGACCUGAACUUGCGCGCCGACCAGCAGCCCAACGCAGGCUAUGAGGAUGAUGACGACGAUGACGACGAUGAUGCUGAUGAUGAUUCCGACGAUGACGAGAACGACCAGUUUGAUUCGCCUGAAACAAAGUACAAGCUGCCAGAAGAGUACACGUUUGGCGAGCAGCUAGACGACGACGACGAGGAGGAGGAGGAUGGCAACGAGAGCACUACCAGUGGCCUGGCAGACGUCGAAGACGACGACGAAGACAACGACGACGGCAGCAACCUUGGCGACAACGAGACCGCCAUGGACGAGGACGAUGGUGUUCGCUACGUCCUCGGCUCUAGCGACGACAGCAAUCAACCUCACGGCGUCUCCCGUUGGAUGGCCGGCUUCUUGGACCUCGCCAGCGUGGUGCAUGGCACCGUCCCCACAGCAUCCAGCCGUCACAUCCGGAUGAGCAAAAAGCACACCAAACAACAAGCACAACGAGAGCGCAAGUUCCUCAUGGCUAGCAAGCGCAUUCGAUUGUCAGAGCCCGACGCCGCGCAAGAAAUGCUGCAGCCCUUCCUUCCAGCGGCGCAGCCAGACACCCUGGCUGCUACGAACACGGUCGAAUACGUGGAUGCGGCCUUUUUCCAUUUUCUCGGCCCGUCCGCCUACGUGUGCAAGGCCGAAAACUGCCCAAUGUCCAUCAACGCGCUCACGUCCCACUCGACACACAACAUGGCCACCACUCUGCCAUGGCGGGUGCGACUCGAGUUUCCCUUCCGAACCGCGCUCCUUCCUCCCACCUGCGAGCACGAGCUGUUGCGCUUUGUGCGCGUUGGUCACAUUGCUGUCAAGACGCGCGCUCCACUUGACGUGGUGCUUGCUGUCGUGGCGUUCUGGAUUGAAAAGAAGCGAGCCAGGAACGGCCACCCGCUCUUGCCAGCACUUCGUCGACCCACGCUGAUUGACCGCUACCACGCACUGGCAUUGGACGGCACUGAGCGUCGCAUCCUGCGCGCCGACAUUCGCCGCGACCUCGAGCAGCUGCGCGUCUUGUGCGAUCGCGUCAAGCGUCGCGAGAAGCUCAAGUUUGACUUGAUGACGACGCAUUUGGACAUGUUCCAGCGGAUGGUCCAGCUCCUCGCGCCCGAGCACGCCCAUCUUGUCGAGACGGAGUUUGACGCCGACUACCGAAAAGCAGCGGAUUUAGCAUUCGCCGCGGCGGCUGCCGCUGCAGCCAACUCGCGAGGACAGGUAACGUCCGACAGCGACAGCCAUCAUGAUCAAGAUGAUGAGAGCGAGAGCGAUUCAGUCGAGCCAGAAGAGUCCGACCAGCACUCUGUCGGCGUCAGUGCGUCCAAAUCCAAGAUGAAACGACCGUCCUCGCCCAAUACAAAGACACCCACGACAAAGCCGUUGCCGCAUCAUCAUCGCAACAACAACAGCAGUACACCAGCUUCCCUGAGUCGUCGGCAAGCCGUCACGACACCAGCAGUUACAACCUCAACACAAGCAACCCCGUCACGCAAGGGUCUGACGCCUCAACAUUUGAAACAGCUGGGCAAUGAUCUUGACAAGCGAUCCGCCAAGCUCUCCAACGGCACUCACCACCCCCAACACCACACAGACUCGCCACCGCGACGCUCUGUUCGCGCUGCAAGUGAAGCUGGCAGCUUGGACGAGCGUCGUAGUACGGAUUUGAAUGGACAGCCAAUUGCACGCCGCCUUCGCGACCGUCCUAGUGAUGAUCCGCAACGCAAUUGCUGCAUUCAGUAGUAUCUCCAGCAACAUUUGUAUCAUUAUCGCUUCAAAAUCUCAUUGCUUUGCUAGGUUGCUCAACAUGUACCUUGUCUCGUUGGAAACGAAGAAUAAAACAAGGAGAAACUUCAGAUUUGUGACAAGAAAGGAAUGCAC